AUGGCGGGAGCAGCGCACGAACGCUGGGGUAGCCAGCUUGAAUACUUGUUAUCAUGUCUGGGGUAUGCUGUCGGCAUAGGAAACUUGUGGAGGUUUCCAUACUUGUGUUAUAGAAAUGGAGGAGGCGCCUUCCUCAUCCCAUACUUAUUGACUCUUGUAACAUGUGGUAUUCCACUUGUUUAUUUAGAGACUUUUCUGGGGCAAUUUGCGAGUGCAGGAUGCAUUUCAGUAUUCAACAUAAAUCCCUUAUUCAAAGGAGCAGGCUACGCUGCAAUAAUUUUAAACGUAAUAGCUAUAAUCUACUUCGCGUCAAUAAUGUCCUAUCCAAUACUAUACAUAUAUCAUUCCUUCAGUUCGCCGUUGCCUUGGCAAAGUUGUGGUAAUUCUUGGAAUACUGAAAAGUGUCUAGAGAUAACUGGAAACUAUAGUUUAAUAGCGAACAGAUCAGUUACUACGCCAGAAGAUGAAUUCUUCCAUAUACGCUUGUUGAACAUGUCAUCGGGUAUUACCCAUAUCGGAGGUAUAGUAUGGCCUUUAUUCUGGUGCAAUGUGAUCUGUUGGGUCAUUGUAUAUCUCUGCAUUUGUAAUGGAGUUAAAAGCGUUGGAAAGAUCGUGUACUUCACAGUUAUAUUUCCUUAUGUAGUACUUUGUGCCUUAUUCAUUCGUGGUAUAACGUUGCCAGGCGCUUGGCAGGGUAUACUCUACUUUGUUCUUCCGGAUUGGAACCAAUUAACGAAACCGAAGGUUUGGGCCGAUGCAGCUACUCAGAUAUUCUACUCUCUCGGUCCCGGCUGGGGUGGACUUGUCAGCAUGGCAAGUUUUAACAGAUUUCACUAUGAUAAUUUACGAUCUUCGAUAAUAAUUCCCCUUGUGAAUAGCGGGACAAGCAUCUGGGCGGGAUUCGUCGUAUUUUCUGUCCUUGGAUUUGCUGCAGAGCGUGCGGGAGUUCCAGUUGGGCAAGUAGCCUCUGCUGGUCCCGGAUUAGCUUUCAUCACUUACCCCACUGCCGUGUCCAUGAUGCCUGCACCAAACUUCUGGGCCAUUACAUUCUUUGUUAUGUUGUUCUUUCUCGGUGUUGACACCAUGUUUGUAACAAUUGAAGCAAUCAUCGCCGGCCUCUUGGACGAGUUUACGCAAAUGCGUAAGCGUAAAAAGCUUGUCACAUUCCUGACAUGUUUGAUCCUGUUUAGUCUUUCAAUCAUCUGUAAUACUGAGGGCGGCUUACACAUUAUUGGACUUCUAGACGCUCAUGUAGCGAUAGCAUGUGUACCCGUUGUAUGCGGCCUAGAGCUUAUAGGUGCCGUUUACACCUAUGGACCCAAAAAGUUAGCCAUCGAUGUUCUGUUUACGACAGGCAGACCUUUAUGGCCGAUGUGGAUAAUUUUAUGGAGAUACAUAAUACCUGUGUUACUUCUGAUAAUAACAACGUACUCUUUACGGGAUGCUUCAGGCUGGGCGGGUUGGGUCGUAGCACUUGUAUCGGUUAUCUGCGUGCCGAUACAUGCGGCUAAAACACUCUGUAUGACAAAAGGAUCUUUUAAGCAGAGAUUACAUGAAAGCUGUAAAGCGAGUAGUGAUUGGGGUCCCGUUGAACCUGAGAUACGAGAACGAUGGAAAUGUUUCCAUGGUGAGCACAUCACAUCCAAGACAUCUAUAAAACUAUCUAGAAACAACAUAUGA